AAGCGGGAAAAGGGAAGAAAGGGACAACACAGGUGGCCAAAAAAAAAAAAGAAGGGGGGAAGAAUGGAAUAAAGGAUGAAGGUAGGAUGGGGGCAAAAAAGUGACAAAGAAAGAAAAGGGAAAGAAAACGGUGAAGCAAAAAGUGGGCAAAGAACAGAUAAAGGUGGAGACAAGGAAGGAAACUGGCAAUAAAGGGGCAACAAAAGAAGCGGGGAAAUGAGCAAAGAGAGAGAUUAAGCCAGCAACGAGGAAAAGGGGCCCGGGGUUUCCCCGGCGCCGAGGAGGAGUCUCCUGUGCCCUUACAGGGGUGUCCGGAGGGGCGGUCUAUUCCCGCUCCAUCCGAAAUCUCGAGGAAACGAAACAGCCGGCGCUGCACCCGCCCCGCGGCGCCUCCACCUCCCGGAACACCACGCGUGCCCAGGUGCCACCACAGCUGUCCCCGAGCCCGAGACAUGCAGAAGCCGCUUCCGCCCUACGAGGUGCUGCCGACCGAGGUCAGCAUGGAGGAGAUGGUUCGGAGCACCACGGUGACGGUGGAGGAGACGCAGCAGCCGCAGCCGCCGCCGCCGCCGCGGGACCACCUGGUGUGGUCCCUGUUCACCACCCUGUACGGCAACUUCUGCUGCCUCGGCCUCCUGGCGUUCGUCUUCUCCGUCAAGUCCAGGGACCGCAAAGUGCUCGGUGACUACAGCGGGGCCCUGAGCUACGGCUCCACGGCCAAGUACCUGAACAUCACGGCCCUGGUGAUCAACAUGGUCAUCGUCGUCCUCGUCAUUGUCUUCGUCUCCCUGGUCUUAGCCGGGGCCUUCAGGCCCCACUAGUACGGGGGGUACCGGUACAGCCCCGCUUAAGUGCCUGCCCUCCUUGCCGCGGGCUGUGCUUCCCUCCCCGGGGCUGCAGCCACAAUCCACGACAAUCCACGACAAUCCACGUGCCUCACCCGGAGCCUGCUGCUCUCCUGUCCUGUCCCUCCCCACUCGGAGCUUUUGUGGAAGCUGCCCUGGCUGGACAUGGCUCCUCAGAGAGCAGAUGUGCACCCCAACCCUGCCACAACCUGCUUGGAGCCCCAGCUGCCUCAAAACAAUUCUGAGGAGAAGCACCUGGUUCAGAGAAACCCUGCU